AGAUUCACUGUCAGCUGUCACUGUGUUGUCAAAAUCAGCUGUGCUGUGUGUGUAAAUAAAUAAAAAUGCAAAAUAAAACUUUAGAUUCCCUCUACGAAACAAUCGAGAGAAAAUAUUAUAUCUUAGAGGGCCUAUGUAGCAAAAUAAUUGAAUACCAUGGCUCAUUCGACAAACAGAUAUCAAAAAAUAUUGCAGCGGCCAGUAUACAGACGAGGCCGUCGAGCUCAAAUGGAGUAUGGUGCUGCGCUCUCUUGCCGGUUAUCCUGGUUCUGUUUAACACACUGUAUCAUGUGCCGACUGCCUACAGUCUCACUGCAUACAUUUCUUUAGGAUUAUUAUUUAAUUCCGCUCUUUUCAUGCUAUUCCUGUCAAUAUCAUGCAGGGUAAUAAAAGAGAAUAUAUAUGGAGGAUCGCUUGCAUGCGGAAUAUUGUCUUCUUUGCUAGUUUACACUUUAUUAGACCAAAAUCUAUUUAUCUCAAUGGCAAUAACAUUACCACCUAUAAUGGCUCUCUACUAUUUGAUAAGAUUUGUUCUGAAGAAUUUUCCGUCCACUUUCACUCUUGGUGAAGCUUUAAUUGUAAUACAAGGAUUCAUUUUAUUUGUAUCCUUAUCGAUUGGAAAACUAGUCUUAACAGAUAAAGUAAAUCCAGAUAUUGAUAUUGUGGACACCACAAUUUAUAUAGGGUUGACAACUGUAGCAGCUGGUAUAACUAUAAUGGCAAAACUACCAAAAGAGAGUCACACAUCUAGCAAAUUGCUGCAAGUGACUGCCUCAGUCUGUUUACUGGCAGCCCUAGUGCUGCAUAUUGUGCUGGGCCCAACUAUUCUUAUGAGGUUGUUCAGCUACAUAUUUGAUGACUUCAAUAAAAUCAAACUCCUCCUAUUCUGGCUGAUGAUGGUAUUCCUAGCCAUCUACCUGGUCACAGUGUCCCCAACCAGUACCAAGGCCGACACUGUAGCAAGAAAGUCCUUCCACAUUGUUGCCUCACUGGUAUUCAUACCAGGGAUACUUUGUGAUGUUCAAUUCAUGAAGUUGGCUUCUGGAGUGGCCUUAGGGCUCCUGAUUACGUUGGAGGCCUUGAGGAAAUCCGGGAUUGAACCCUACUCUUCUGCUUUGCAGUCAGCCUUCCAAGUUUAUGCUGAUGAGAAGGACGCAGGUUCAUUCGCCAUGACGCCUAUCUACCUGUUCGUGGGGCUAGCCUGCCCGCUGGUGCUGGUGCCGCAGUAUGAAGGGCAUCAGCUGGUGCUGCUCAGCGGAGUGCUGUCUAUAGGCGUGGGGGACACUGCCGCUAGCUGGUACGGCAGUCGGUAUGGGGUUACGAAGAUUUUGGGUACAAAUAAAACUAAAGAAGGUGCUUACGCGAAUAUUCUGGCACAGAUAGCGACAGUUGUUGUAUUACGAUAUCUAGGAUACUUGAUGACAGCCUCUGCCAUCGCCACUAUGAUCAGAGUAGCUUUUGUAGCCACUAUAUCAGGACUAGUUGAAGCCACGACCGACCAAGUGGACAAUCUUAUACUACCUCUAGUUUCGAUCAUAGCAUUCCAACUAACAUGGUUUUUAGAAUAAAUUCUAGUGCAUUUUAUAGUCUACAUCGAUUUCGUGAUAUGUGCCAAGCAGUCAAAAUUUAUAGUUAUAAUUUAUUAGUAAGUGAACAUUUUAUACCCUUUUAUAUUUUUGAUAACAUAAAUGAAUGCAUUCCAUUUUAUACACCAAAGACUACAAUUUUAAUGUAAAUAAAAUCAUUUGUAUGAGAGUUGAAAUCUGUAUAAUUAAGUAAAUGUAUAAAUUAACGGUGGUUAUUGUAUUAAACUUUGUACAAGUAUAAAAAGAGAUCAUUAUUUUGAACAUA